AUGAAUGUCGCUGCUAAUCUACGAGAAAGCAUAAGGAAUAAGAACUGGAGUGAGACAGAUCUUAAGGCAGUGCCAGAUAGGCCUCGCCGAGAUGCAGUAGCCACCUUUAAGUCUCCUAGCGGGUCAUCUCAUGAUUGUCUAGGAGAACACCUGCAUCGUAUAGGUGAAACAAAUUUGCACGUGGCAGCCAGGCACGACAGAGCAGAUGAGGCCGAAAGUUUGUUGAGAAAUGUAGCAGAUGUGAAUGCUCCUGAUGGAACUGGCAGAGCCCCUAUCCAUACGGCAAUUGGCGCCGAUGCUCUAAAUGUAUUUAUGAUUUUGAUGAAGCAUAAAAACAUAGAUAUUAAUUCUAAAUCCAUUGACGGAUCUACUCCCUUAAUUCUAGCAUGUCGCUAUGAAUUAGAAGAUAUUGGUCCAAUUUUAGUAGAAGCUGGAUGCGAUAUUAACGCUUCUGAUUCAUAUGAAAUUACUAAAAUUUAUGAAAGUGUGGACACUGUCAUUAGUGAUUAUCCACAAGAUCAACUAAGCUACCCUGAGGAAUUUUUGAACACCAUCACUCCUACAGGAAUGCCUCCCCACAAAUUAAAGAUUAAGAAAGGUGCCAUAAUAAUGUUACUGAGAAAUUUAAUGCCAUCUAAAGAACUCUGCAAUGGCACUAGAUUAAUUGUUACAAACUUGCAGCGUAAUUUAAUUGAAGCUAAACUGAUUGAUGAUGAUGAAGCAGGAAAGACUGCACUGCAUUGGGCAGUUGCCGUGAAUAAUAUGUCUGCUAUUAACUUACUUCUGAGUCAUAAAGCCAACCCAAAUUUACAAGACGGGGAAGGAGAAACGCCCCUUUUCGCAGCUGCAAGAGAAGGAUGUUUAGAAGCAGCCAUUAGAUUGCUCGAAAGCGGCGCAGACAGAAGAAUCAAGAAUUAUCUUGAUAAACUACCAAUUGAUAUAGCGAGGGAAAGGUCUCAUAUAGAUCUUGUUGAGAUGUUUGAAGAAUUUCUAGAGCCUGAAAAUGUUUAA